AUAAUCAAGCUGAAGGCGGAAGCCCGUCUGGACCUGCUGAAGCAGAUCGGCGUGUCCGUGGAUACGUGGCUCAAAAGCGCGAUGAACCAAGUGAUGGAAGAACUGGAGAACGAGCGCUGGGCCAGUCUGCCUUCGGUGGCCAACAACGGCUCCUCACACCUGAUUAAUGCUGAUGCAGAAAAGGAAGAAGGUGAAGAGUUUGAAGACAGCAUGGAUGUUUUCGAUGACAGUAGUUCUAGUCCUUCUGGUACUCUAAGAAAUUAUCCUCUCACCUGCAAAGUUGUUUAUUCCUAUAAGGCUUCUCAGCCAGAUGAAUUGACCAUAGAGGAACACGAGGUAUUGGAGGUUAUUGAAGAUGGAGAUAUGGAAGACUGGGUAAAGGCACGGAAUAAAGCGGGACAAGUGGGUUAUGUGCCGGAGAAGUACCUGCAGUUCCCGACAUCCAGCAGUCUGCUGAGUAUGCUGCAGUCCCUCGCGGCGCUGGAUAGUCGAUCACACACCUCAAAUAACUCCACCGAGGCUGAUUUAGUCUCAGGCAGCCUGAAUGGAGACUCCAGUGUCUGUUUUGUAAAAGCACUUUAUGAUUACGAGGGCCAGACAGACGAUGAGCUGUCCUUCCCGGAAGGAGCGAUCAUCCGCAUCUUGAACAAGGAAAAUCAGGAUGACGACGGCUUUUGGGAAGGAGAAUUCAACGGACGCGUUGGGGUGUUCCCAUCAGUAUUAGUUGAAGAGCUCACGGCCUCCGAAAAUGGAGAGACUCAGUGGAUUGGAGAUGUUCAGGUAUCCCCCACUCCGAAGCCUAACAAUGCCCUUCCACCGCUGCCGCUCUAUGACCAGCCUCCCAGCAGUCCCUUCCACAGUCCGGAUAAAAGAGGUUCUCAGUACUUCCCCAGAUCACCGUCAGCCAACGAAAACAGCUUCAGUGCAGAGUCCCCUGGGUUCUCACAGCCUCCGCGAAUUCCUCCCGAUACGUCGUACGGCAAACUGCGACCCGUGCGAGCAGCUCCACCGCCCCCUACGCAGCAUCACCGCCGGACGACAGAGAAGAUAGAGGACGUGGAAAUUACUCUGGUGUGACGGUUGGACUAGCUCAGUAGUAGUGCUACAAUCAAGACCAACCACGUGGUAUUUGGUCAAUCUCGUUUUUAGGCACCUUUGCAUGAUGAAGACUUUGAAUAGAGCAAGAGAUAGGGAGGAUUUGAUGUGGCAGCGACGUGGUGGAUUCCUUCCCGCAGUCAUGACUAUUUCGUG